UGUAGAUUUGGGGUAUAAUUCAGAUACAAAUUUUAACAAAACUACGCCAAUUCAUUGACCCGGAAGUGAAACAUUUUAAUCAUAUGUUGUCCGGUUUUCAUGGUUAAGUGUACGUAUGGUUCAAUCUGAACAGGGGCCACUGGCGCCCCCCUUUAAGAGACAAGAUGGAGCCUCGUCACGGGAUUAUGAAAGCCUUUCCCAAAGUUAAAAGAGCCAAAGUGUUAUAUGGAAAGGAUGCUCCCCCAGUAAAGAAGAAACCUGAUGAAUGUGAUGUCACAGGAAACACUUUUAAUGGUGUCACAGUGUACAUCCUGCCUGCUGGAAUAGGAAAUGCCAGAUGCCAGAUCUUCCAAAGACAAAUUCAGCAGAAUGGAGGACGGACGGAGAGUUCACUGUGUCCUAGUGUCACUCAUGUUGUUGUAGAUGACAACAUGGACAUGGACAGGGCUCUGCGCUUACUGAGAGUGGAUUGUAUGCCCUCUGGAGUCCAGCUGCUGAAAUGCACUUGGUUGAGCUUGUGCAUCAGUGAGAAACAAAUGCUGGAUGUUGCCAGCUACAGCCUUCUUUUACCCAAGAGGGAAUCUGAAACACGGCAUGAAAAUAUUAAAGAAGAGUUGCCGAAUGUCAAGCCUGCUGCAGAAACUAUUGCACAGCCUGUGUCUGAUCAAACCAAGCAUGAGGAAACCAUGGACAUGAUAGUCCCAGACACCAAAGAGGAAGUGCAAAGAGAGGAAGACGGGGUCUCUCAGAGUGACCUGGAAGCUCUCAUCACUGGCCAGCACCCCAAAAUGGAGACCUCUGACCCCAGCCUUGACCCUAGUCCAGACUCUGCUGCUCAGAAGGUGGUCUCAGGGAAGUGGGUCUGUGCCCAGUCCUCUCAGUCCAAAACUCAUAACUUCAACAAGCACAUCACAGACAAACUAGAAGUGCUGGCCAAGGCCUACACACACCAGGGGGACAAGUGGAGGGCGCUGGGCUACUCCAAGGCUGUCAUCGCACUGAAGAGUUACCACAAGCCUAUUACAUCAUAUCAGGAGGCUUGUCAGAUCCCAGGAAUUGGAAAACGCAUGGCCGACAAAAUUGAUGAGAUCAUGGAGAGCGGUCACCUGCGGAAGCUAGAUCACAUCGGGGAGGCUGUGCCAGUGUUGGAGCUCUUUAGUAACAUCUGGGGCGCAGGAGCUAAAACUGCACAGCUGUGGUACCAACACGGUUUUCGCACAUUGGAGGACAUCCGCACAAAAGCCCACCUGAGCAACACUCAGAAAAUAGGACUCAAGCACUACGAUGACUUUCUAGACCGGAUGCCCAGAGAAGAAGCAGCAGCAAUUGAGAAAGUGGUGAGGGAUGCUACCCAGGCCAUAGACCCAAACCUGGUGGCAAUGGCAUGUGGAUCCUACCGCCGGAGAAAGGCCACGUGUGGAGAUGUUGACAUACUUAUAUCUCAUCCUGAUGGCAAGUCCCACAAGGGCAUUUUCAGCAAAGUGUUACAGAGCCUCCAUGAAAGUGGGUUUUUGACAGACGACCUGGUGAGCCACGAGGAGAAUGGAGAGCAGAAGAAGUACUUGGGUGUGUGCCGUUUGCCAGGACCCAGCCACCGCCAUCGCAGGCUGGACAUCAUCGUAGUGCCCUACAAUGAGUUUGCCUGUGCUCUCAUGUAUUUCACCGGGUCGGCACACUUCAACCGCUCAAUGAGAGCCCUGGCAAAGACAAAAAACAUGAGCUUAUCAGAGCACUCACUGAACAAAGAUGUGGUGCGACAGGGUAACUUGAAGGUGUAUGGCGGCACUCCACUCGCUACACCGACAGAGAAGGAUGUUUUUAGUCUUUUAGGCAUACCGUACAGAGAGGCUCAUGAAAGGGACUGGUGAUGAUUUGCCAGUCACCAAGCCAAUCACAAUGCCUUGUCUGGUUUUAUGGUGAUGAUGAUGAAUGAUCGACAAUGGAAACUGCUCAAAAAACAAAUUUUAAGGAUGUUUUUACUGCUCCACAGAUCAUGCAAGAUCCCUGUUUGACUUGAAUGCUAAUUUUACUUUACAGAUUAAAGGUUGGGUUAACUCAAGUCUCAAAACCAACAUAUCUUCUCACUUAACCCUAGUUGUAUCUGUCCCUACAGAUUGUUUAAGUGGUAUGUGCCGAGGUUUUGAGAUGUCCAUUUCUAAAACUUCUGCUACCACCCCAAUACAAUACAAUGAAUGGGAUUUUGUUGUAGGGUCCACAGCCUUUAAAAAUUAUAAUUUUUAUUUUGUGCGGACGGUUUCUUCAGCAGAAGGUAGUUGGAUUAAGCUGAGUAACUAAGAACAUUGUUAAAAAAGAAGCUGCUGUUAGAUUGUACAAAUGUCAAUUUGUAAAACUUCCAUUAUACAAGACUGGCAGCAAAAAUUUCAAAGGUGAAUAUCUCAAAACAGUUAAAUCCAAAACUAUCUGCAGGGCUAGAUACCACUAUAGGUAAGUGGAAAAGUGUGUGAUUUUGCAAGUAGAGUGAACUGGCACAUUUUACUAUAGGAUAUGCUUGACACUGUAUAUUUUAUGAAAGCUGAGUAAUAAUAAUAAAACAUACUAAAGGGUCAUAGCAAA